AACGAAAAUUGGUCCUUCGCAUCAGUCGGCCGCGUCUGGCGGACUCUCCUCUCUCGCUCCGCGGCUCGCGAAAACCGGUCCGCUCUCCAUAAUUAUGUCAUCAGGAACUUCUUCGGCGAGGAUUUUCCGAUUUCCAUUCUUCUCCGCGAUGAUGAUGCACGUGGUUGAAGAGGUCUCUUUUUCGGAGAGGCGGGUCGGCCCGCCGCUCGCGUCCAAUCCUAAUGGCGAAAGAAUAACGUCCGCCCACGCGGUGGCCGACGCUCCGGCGGACAGUCAGUUGUCAGCCGGUUUCAGUGCAGGCAAGUGCAAAACAGUGCUCUGUGAACCCGCGGCAUGAGGCGUCGCGGCGCGGGUGUUUUCGCUACCGUCGCUUUGUGGACGCUUCUUUUGCAUUUUACGGAUGCGGACUGGUGGCACUUAGGACUCACGAAUUCAAUGUUGAACUCCGUGGACUUAGCUUCUUCUAAUUUUAGAGAAAGAUGCAACAAGUUAGAGUACCUGAUGGAUCGCCAAAAAGAACUGUGUUCGCUGAACGACAAAAUAUUACCAGUCCUAGGAGGGGGAGCCAAAUUAGCAAUAGACGAAUGUCAAUAUCAAUUUAGAAACAGCCGAUGGAACUGCACAUCUUUCCCAGAAAAGAAUUCCACCUUUGGAGCAGUAGUAUCUAUAAAGAGUCGAGAGGCAGCCUACUUAUCAGCCAUAUCUGCUGCCAGUGUGGCAUUCACAGUCACAAGGGCAUGUUCAAAGGGAGAAUUGCCGCAGUGCUCAUGUGACAACAAAAUACGACAGAAAAAAUCGCACAAAUGGAAGUGGGGAGGAUGCUCGGAAGACAUCAAAUAUGGCGAGAGAUUUAGCAGGGAAUUCUUGGAUGUCCGCGAAGAUCCAAACACAGCCACUGGUCUGAUGAAUCUGCACAACAACGAAGCUGGAAGAAGGGCUGUUAGAUCGAGGAUGCAGAGGACGUGCAAGUGUCACGGUGUGUCUGGCUCUUGUAGCAUGCAGAUAUGCUGGAGAAGACUCCCAUCCUUUCGCCAGGUGGCCGAGGGACUCUUCCAGCGUUACGAAGGGGCUUCCCAUGUGAAAUUCGUGGAGCGACGGCGAAAAAAAUUACGGGCAGUCAGUCCUGACUUGAAAAAACCGAACAAGACAGAUCUGGUGUAUCUGGACGAUUCUCCAGAUUACUGCGAGAAAAAUGAAACGCUGAAUGUCCUAGGUACACGAGGGAGGGUGUGCAAUCGUACAAGUCAAGGAAUCGACGGUUGCCGAUUGCUGUGCUGUGGAAGAGGUUACCAAACGAGAGUACGAGAAGUAGAAGAAAAAUGCAAAUGCAAUUUCGUAUGGUGUUGCAACGUAGUCUGCGAAAUAUGCAGAUACAGAAAGGAAGAACAUGUUUGCAAUUAGAUCUAUACGAAAGUAUUGAAUUCCUUUAGACUGAAAGCUUUAUUGUUGUAAAUAUAGCCUAUGAGAUGGGCGAUGACAAACUUGUUUGCAUUUAAUUUAUUACUCAAUGCUUAGAACUCCAUCGUCAUACAAUGUCAUAUAUUAUUCAAAUCAUUAGAACGUAAGGUUUUGUAACGAAAUUGCUAGAAUAUCCGUUUGACAUUGGACUCAAAAGUACCAAACUCAGUACAAAAUCGAAUGAUAGCAGUUUUCGAAGUGCGCAUUUUAAAUAAAUAAUCAUCCAAGUUGAUACCCUUCAUAUCGUUGAACCAAAGCUCUAUAACCUUUGGUCAAAACAUUUAUAUUUCUUCACACCUACAUGAAAUACCUAACAUUCUUUAUUCUAAAUCAGUCAAUGAUAAUCAAUAGUGUGUAAAUAAACUGAGAGCAUGCAUUCUUAUAAAACAAAAAUUACCUCUGGAAUCAAUCAAUUACCCAGUUUUCACAUUAUAGAGACAAAUGUUUUUAUAUCUGGAUAAAAAGCGGAAUACCUAUGUUUCACGCGAAAGUAUCCAUCAGAUCUAUCUAUCUUUGCGCGAAAUACACUGUGUAAUUGUGGCCAAUGCAAAUGCAAAUCACUUUUGUGCUAUAAAUAUUGGCCAUAUUAUACCUAUUCGAAGUAUUUUAUGAAAAUCAAAAAUUUCAUAUGUACCCUUUUCAUUCCAUUUCCAUCAUCAACAUUCUUGAGUCUUCAAACAUUAUGAAGAAAAACCCCUAUAAAUCACGAGCAUCUUAUUAUAUAGAUAAUGAAACUCUAUAUCAUUUUAACCAACAAUACUCAACUCAAAACUGCCAAAUAAAACUUAUAUUCUGUCCAGCUCAUUAUACAUAAUAUAUUAGAUGGAGUAUAGAUCAACUCGAAAAAUCACUGAAAAUUCAUCAAGUGUUCUGUAUAUAAGUGAUUGAAGGUGUUAAGCAACAAUAAUCUCACUUUUCUUGGCAUUUCAUUACCAAAAUAUUGACGAUAUCCCGACUAUUCAACUUCCUGCUCUUAGAACAAAUAUGUUUAAAUAAAUUCCUUCAAAUACCUUAAACUUCUUUAGCAAAUCAUGCUCCUUAAUUUUCUCAUAAGUUGUAUGUCACCUUGCACCUUGUUGUAUAUUAAUCAUGUGUCUGCACUUUAGAUAAUUAGACUUAUUUGUAAAAUUAUUACCUUAUAGUCGAAUAAGUGAAAAAAUUAUAUGUAAUUGUAAAUAGUCUUUUUAACAGAGUACCUUCCAAAAACUGAUGUGUACUUAAUAGUUCAUAAGAUGUGUGUAAAUAGUUAAUUUGAAUUAUUUAUUAUUGAAUUUUUUGUUUUAAUAAACAAAAUAAAUCUUAUGUAACUAAAA